AUGGAUCCUAUGGAUGAUGGGUGGGAGAUCUUCUGCAAAAUAGUCGAACCUCCUCUUACUCCACGUCUCGAAAUCGAAUCAGCAAAGGGAAAGGGUAAAAAGAAGGUCCAUCUUUCUCAAAGUCAGUUUGAUCUGGUGACAUCGCAUUGGAGAAACUUGGUUGAAUUAGCGGCUCUGAUGGACACGAAGCAUUACCGUGAAUGCUUUGAGCACCCUCUAUAUUUUGUGUGCCAGAUGUAUAUGAAAGGCUGGCAAAUUCGCGACAUUUACAAACGUGGACCACCAGAAGAGCCCGAAGAGACUAUCUGA